AUGUCUACAGCUGCGAAAAUGACCCUCGCCGCCACCACUGUAUCGGCAAUCGGCAUCGUAGUGUUUGUCCAUUACGCGCAGCAGGCAGAAAAAGCUGCAAUGCACGCCGGUGUCGUCCGCGACAUGGAGCAGCAGCGGAUCAAGAAGGAACGGUUGGCGGACUUCGAAAUGCAACGAGCCCUCGAACAGGAAUACCGGAAGGUUCAGACUGUCUCCGAUGGCGGUGCUGCGGGUGCAUCAUAG